CAAAUGUCAGCUUCUCCGUUGAUUAAAGUAGCUAGUUCAGCCUUUACAAACGGAUCUGCUUUGACAUUUAAAAAAAAGAAAUAAUCAAAUUCCUAAACAUAAAACUUUAUUGCUGUAAGCUCUCCACUUAAAUCUACAGAUGAGAAUGAGUAAUCACCUUCAAAAAUAAUAAACAUUUACUCCGAUAGUGGAUUAUUUAAUGUUGGAAAUUCUUACUCAACAGUUAAAAAUCCUCCAAUUAUAGAAGAGGAGAAAACUCAUAAAACUUACACAUAUAGCUAAAUGCCUCCUGAAGAAGCAGAGAAAGCAUAUUGCGAAAGAUAAAAAGUUAUAAAGGAAUAGAUAAAGAGAACCAAAAAUAGUGGCAAAUUUAAACCAAAAAAGAGAAUCGAUCCUACCAAGCCUACUUUAAAAAGUGCAUUAAAAAAAUAACAAUUAGAUUAUUCAACUGCUUAAUCUUAAUAGAUAGAUAUUUCAAGAACAUCUUAAACAUUUAGAAGAAAAUCAAUAGAUUAACCAAUUCAAACUGUACCUAAACCUCAUCCUAAAGUAAGUAAGAUAAUUGAUAAUAAUAAUUCAAUUAAUAGUACAAAAUAAUCUUAAGUAAGUCCUGGUUGUUCAAAUGUUUUACAAUAAUCUUUCCAUUAUCAGCUUUAAACUAAAAAGUAAUAACUGCUAAAUGAAAUUGCUUAAUUGGAUAAGGAAAUAGUAAAAGAGAAAGAGAAAAAGCAGUAGUCUCUUGUACAAUCAAUAAAUAUUUCUCCAAGAAUUUAAUAAAGAAAAUAAAUUCCUGCUUUGCAAGAUGAUAUGAAAUCUACAUAUGAAAAGAGAUAAUAAAUGAAAAAGGUUGCAGAUAAAGAGAAACAACGUAAGGAAAUGGAAUAAUGCACUUUUAAGCCAUAAAUUUGUAGUAAUACAAGUAGAAAAUUGAACACUUCUUAGAGUUCUAAGUUUACUCCAUUAACUUCUCCAAAGUAAGCAUCAGCUUCUCGUCCAGUUAAAGUUCCUACUAGAUCUUAGUCACAAGAGGAGAGGAGUGAAAAGAAGGAUGUAUUAAAAAAUUCAAAGGAGGAUUUAAAUUGUAAUAAUAGAUUAUUUAAAUUUAGAACGGUUAUAAAGAAUGAAUGAUAAAUAUAACUUGAUAUUAGAACAAUCUAACAAAAUUAGAAACCAAUUAAAAUAAAUCUGA